UAGUGACAGUAUUGAUGGUUCGAACCUUGCAUCCGUCACUUUUUAUUUUUGCAUUUAAUUUAUACACUUUGUGUAAGUUUGUGUUUUUGUCUGGUUUCUAAUUUAUUCUUGAAAGCCUCAAAAACAUUAGAUAAUAUUAAAGAUGAAGAGUAUUUAAAUAUGAUUACGUGUUAACAGUGAAAUAUAUAAGUUAGUGAGUAAGUUAGUACUAGAUUAACAAACUUGUGUUGUUUUCGUUGAAUCGUAUUGGAAAAAAAAGAAAUUAAAUACACUUUUCAAAAUACUAUUUUACGGGUCUGGGAAUCGAACUCCCGACGAAAAAGUAUAAGACGGGUACCAUUACCGCUCGGCCAACGAGGAAUUACUGUUGUCAGCGUAAACGUUGUGUAUUGACUUAAAUUUAUGCUAUUGUUUUGUUUGUUUACAUUUCAAAGCGCCUUAAUUAUAUUACUGUGCGAUACCUAUACAGUCCAUAAAAUAAACAAACGUGUUUGUAAACAUGGACGGAUCCAAACGGAAGGGGAAGAAGCAUUUUAUAGAAAUAUUUCGAUGGCAAAAUGCAAUACAUAUCCGUAGCCCUGACCAACCUAUAAACCGGGCCAGUCUAUUUUAUAAGUGCAACAACACGGUUGGCCCAUUUAAACGUAGUAGUAUCAAAACAUCUCUGACCUAAUUUGUAAUAUGUGUCUCGUUAUGUGUUCAGUUAUAAUCAAUUCUCUUUAUGUAAAUGCAUACAGACGACAACCAAUAUCAUUAUCGGCCUUGAGAAAUUAUGCGUUUCGCGUUUAAGAUUUUCAUUUUUGCGGUUUUACUGUGUGUUGUAGUUGUUUUAGGCGUUGUUUUGGCAUUAGUUUUGACCUUGCCGGAUCUACCAACAACAGUUCAUAAUGAUGAAAUAUGCUUACCAACAGAACAUGGCUCAAUGUCAUGUGGGGAGACAACGGACAUGCUGCAUAAUUACUUAGAAAAGGCAAUAGCCAAAGAAUACGCCAAAGUUAAGCGAGAAGAUACUUUGAGGCAACAGAAAUAUCUUAAUGAAAACAGAGUCCGCUUGAUGGAAAUUUAUGACAAAUACCACUGGGAAAUGAAACCUGCCGCAAAACUUACUGGGAAAGACCAGCCCAAACCUAGAAUAAGUGAUAGCAAUGCCGAAAUGAUACCUGUACGAGUUUGGCGACACGGGAGAGAACUCCACGAUACUAGUGGUUUCGAACGGUAUGGAGUUAGAUACAGAAAUGGACGUCUCGUCAUUCCAGUUUCUGGAACCUACUUCAUUUAUUCUUAUGUAGACCUUUUCGAACCAUGUGACCCUUCCAGUGGUAAACCAAAAGUUGAUAAUGUAAGCAUUCCAGUUAAACACGGCAUCUUUAAAUUUAACAUCCUGGACGCAGGGGAGUCUGAAGUAGUUUCAAGCGUUCAGCCCCACACAAUUUCAAGCAAUCGGUAUUUCAAUUCAUAUAGCAGUUACGUGUCCACACUCGCUGAAUUAAAAGCUGGAGACGAAAUAUCUGUGAAAGUAUCCAAUAUUACUUACCUUAAAUAUACAAGAGAUAACUAUUUUGGCUUGAAUCUAGUUUAGAUCUCCCCCGGUGGAGGGCGUCCCAGCUCGCGGGGAGGGGCGAUGAUGGAAACCUUUCAUUAAAUAUCCUAAACUUGACUUUUUGUGAAAAUAGAAAACUGAGGAACUUAGACCAAAAACACUAACUAUUUAAUUCGAACUUUGCGAAAGAUAGUUAUAAAUAUACUAUAAAAUAUUUCGCAUGCACCUAUGAAACAGCAAAACGUAAUUCAUACAAACUCAAAGACAUCAUCAUAAAAGGCAAUAAGAAGCUUAAGGAAGUUUCGAAAAACUUGAUGUCAAAAAGAAUAUUAAUAGGAGGUACCAAUAAGGCUCACUAAUUUGAUCUAAAGUUAAAAGAACAGAAACAAAAUAGAAAAAAAAAACAUGUUCCUUCUUAUUUUCCCUAUCAAUAAAUACCCGGAAAAGUGCUGUCAUUUCUUCACGUAUCAUCAAAGAUCAAUGAAACAUUUAAUUUAUUGAUAUGUCUAAACCUUAUUUUUUUCAGGACAAGUAAUAAGUAAAUACUAGUCUCUAUGGCAAUAUAAUGCGGCGUCAUUCAACCCAAAUUUGUUUCUCUCUUUUUCGGAGACGUGAUAAAGCAUUUUGUAUUUUGAAUCAAAACUCGAGGAAAAGGACAAAAUUUUAUGCUUCAUACGGUUUAAGGACAUGAACAAUGUCCUGAAGAAAACAACAUUUAACGGGAGGUGUUUAAGAGCUCAAGAGAAUAUUGCGGAUUACUCCUAGUUCAGACAUCAGAGGACAGUAACGUUCAGUCCACUUUGAACAUUAAAGAGCUCCUUGAUACAGACUGGUACAUUUCAAUUCAUUAGUGUCCCAUUUUAUCAAUACAACAGGUAUAUCAUAUGACCAGUACUUAUUUGUUCGUAUGAAAGUGUAGAAAAUGCAUUUAAUGGCAAGAAAUUUUGAACCACUGGUUGACACAUGAUGACUGUUGACUGUAUUGAUUAUUUAUAUGUAAUACCACACUGUCACAGCCUUAGAGACUAUUAAUAAUGCGCAUGUUCCGAAAUUUUGUUAUCUAAACAUUCACAUUCAACAUGUUCUCAUUAAACAUAUUUUCACAUUUUAACAAUAUAGGACCAGAAAUAAAGAUAUAAGAGCACUUUUCCCGGUAUUUUCUGAACACCACUUGUACAUACUCGUACAAAUUGUAUAUCUAUGUAAAAAGUGUUUACUAUAGUAGCUGUUAUCCAUUGCAAUAUUCUUCUUGAUCAUGUUUGCUAGAAAUACUAUUGUGACAUUCUCUUUCGUGUGAUUUCGUUCAUUAAUAUGAUUAUUUAAGAAGAAAAUUAAGAAGGUAUUGCUCGUGAUAGAGUUACGGUUAAUGAUGGCCAUUACUCGUUGUUUAAAUGUAAUAAGAAUGGACUUUCAUUGUUUUACCCUCUUAUGCUGUUCUACUUGGUAUAUCAACUAAAAGGAAAAUGAGAGUGUUCUUUUAAAUAAUGAAACGUUUCCAUCACCGGCGGACGCUCCACGUUCACGUUCUGGUUUACAACUGGAGGGUGUUUUUUUUUUUUUACUGAUUCUGCUGGUAAGGAUAUCAGAUAUUCAUAAGGCUAAAAAUAAAUUGUCACUAAGGCAGUUUGUGAGUGCCAUCCACGGAAAAAUAGGGGGCCAGUAUGACAAAUGCGUGGACUCAGCUAAUGCCUCGUCUCCAAUUUAGCAUACUGACCCUACAUAAUUCCAUAGAGGGUCUCUUACAAAACCAAGAAUCAGUAAUAAUUAUUUUCGUGUCCAUAUGUAAAGCUUGUAGAAACAUAUUUGUACUAGAUCAGAAUCUUUUUGUACACAUCAUAUGUAAAAGCUUUAUCAUACUAUGAUUAAAUAAAUGUCCUUUAGUGUAUUAACUGACAUGGACGUAUUUUUGUACCAUUUUGUUUUUCUCCACAGAUGACAUUUGCAAAAAAAGCAUUUUUUCAAACGGGACUGAUUCCUUAAGAAUUGACUUUUUUGUAUUUAAUAAGUUGUAGAGUAGAAAUACAGAAUAGAAACUAUGAUGAAAUAUGUAUGACUGAAGGCAGGAAAAACAAACAAGAAUACCAUAUGCAUUGUAUACUUAUCAAAUAAAUAGUGAGUAUUUUAACAAACUGUAAAUUUAUGUAUAUAGUAUAAAAUAACUAAUAACUAACUGGACAUCAUCAGAAACAAGAAGUUUCGUCUGUUUAUCCAUAUUACAAAUCCUAGUUGUAAUUUGAGUUGAUAUGGAUGAUUUGAAGUUUUUAAGCUGGGCAAGGGAAUUCACCCAAUAAUCUUUUCAUAAUAUUUUGUGUGAUUUAUUUCCCUUUAACUAAUUAAUAGAUUUUUUAAACUAAUUAAUAGAUUUACUACCAAUGAUUUAGUCCAGACAAAAGCGAAUAUUUCAUAUUCUUUCGCUUUAUAUAACUGUGACUUCUGUAUUGUUGUUAAAAGAUGAUUUACAAUUCCAUUUGCUGUAAUGUCAUGCUAUUAUUUUGUAGCUUUUUAUCGAAAACUACUGAGUUAGAUGUG